AUGGCGGAUAUUCACCAUCUUAUUGAGGAUCAAAAAGAUUUAUUUUUAAAUUUAAAACGUACUGCUAGGUUAUAUAAUUCAAGACAGCAUAAAACGCAUGGCUUCGCACAAUCUGUUUUAGACGAAAUAGAAUCAAAUUUUUUGCAAUUUAAAGACGGGAAUACCCAAUUAUGCGCUGUAGUCCGUGACAAUACUAUUAAUACAGAAAAUAUUCCGUAUUUCGAAGACGAUGUUUAUUAUCAAUUUCAAGACGAGUUUCUUACCCUUAAAAGCCAAUUGCUCGAUUUCAUGGAUUCUUCUGUUACUCGUUCUCCUGGAAUUCAGUCCAGUACGUUUGCUGGUCCCUCUCAUUCUAGAAAUGAAACCUUUUCGCUUCAGGCUCGUUUGCCGAAGAUUGAUUUGCCAGUUUUUAGUGGUGAUUACCUCACUUGGAUGUCUUAUCAGGACAUGUUCGUUUCGUUAGUCCAUAAUAAUUCUGGGCUAACUGAUGUUCAAAAAUUUUGUUUUUUGAAAAAUUCUUGUAAAGGAACUCCUUUGGAUAUCGUGAACGAAUAUCCAGCAACGGAUUCAAGCUACGUUUUAGCAUGGACCGCUCUACAGAAUAGAUAUCAUAAUAAAAGAAAAAUAGUUGAUACUAUUUUUAAAAAACUGUUUGCUAUACCUUCGUCUGAUGGCUCUUCCAAAAGCAUUCAGACGAUUUUAGACACAACACGAACUAGUAUUGCCCUACUACGUACUUUAGAAAUAAACACCGAAGGUGAGCAUGCUAUGCUUAUUUAUAUGACAGUAAAUAAGCUAGAUGUACAAACCCGAAAGGAAUGGGAGCAAUCGCUUAAUGCCUCGACUCAAAUCCCUCCUAUUGAAGAUUUGUUCAAAUUUUUGGAAUCAACUUUUCGAACAUUAGAAACUAUUUCUGAUCAGACUGAUUCAAGCCCUAAUGUUCCUUUUUCGAAACCAAAAACCCCUCAACAUCAAAAUAAAAGUAGAAACAAUUUACGACGUUAUGUAAAUGCUGCUUCCACAAGUACCGACUACAACUGCCCCUGCUGCAAUAAGCGUCACCUUCUUUUCAAGUGUUUCAAGUUUUCUGCUUUACCAUCUAGUGAAAAAAGAGAUUUUUUGAAUUCAAAGCGAAUAUGUCGAAAUUGUUUAACCCCAGGCCACUUUAGUAACAAAUGUCAUGUAGCUUCUCGCUGUCAAGUCUGCCAACAAAACCACCAUACCACUGUUCAUAAUGAGUAUUUUAUAAAUCAUGUUUCUAAUACUCCGACCCCUGAACCUGUUAUACCUUCUCAAACAUCCUCGUCUUCUCAAGGUAUUGAAAACGUUACCGCUCAUGUCGUUGACAAUAGUAAAACAUCUAACAGGAGGAAAAGGCCCCAAGUUCUCCUCGCUACGAUGCGUGUUGUUUUAAAAACCCCUCAGGGAGAUUUUGUUUUGCGUGCUCUUCUUGAUCAAUGUGCUCAAGCAACCUUUAUAACCAAAAAGGCUGCAGAUGCCUUAAACUUAUCUUAUAAAAGGAACUUUGUGGAAAUAUGCGGUGUAGGUGGAAACCAAUCUACUAUUUCAAAGCAAUACGUUAAUUUUGCAAUAUUCUCAAGAAUCGAAACAAAUUUUAAAAUAGAUUGCGAGGCUUUGGUUCUUCCGAAAAUAACGGCAUAUCAACCUAUGGCUAUAAACGAAACAUUAUUACCGGAUUUAAAGAAAUUUUCAUUAGCUGAUCCUUAUUUUUCGAAACCUGGUGAAAUUGACCUUUUGUUAGGAGGAGAUGUAUACGGAGAUAUCAUAUUACCUCAGCAACAAAAAUUUGAAAGUGGUUUAUUCUUACAACUCACACAUUUCGGUUGGAUAGUUUCUGGCCCCUCACAUGAUAACUCAUCUGAGCACAUCAUCACAGUAAAUGUUUGUUCAUUAGAUAAGCAAUUGCUGUCCUUUUGGGAACAAGAAGAAUUGCUGGAAAAAAGAGCUUUGACAGAAGAAGAAAUCCUUUGCGAACAACAUUUCAAAAGCACUACUUCUCGUGAUUCAUCUGGGCGUUACACCGUAUCACUGCCAUUUAAAUCAUUGCUUAAAGGCCUCCCGCUUCCAGUCUUUGGUCAUACGGAUUAUGCAGCACUUUCUCGUUUAAAGAAUGUUGAGUCAAAAUGUAAAUUGAAUAAGAACUUUGGAAAACUUUAUCUAGAUUUUAUGAAAGAGUAUGAAUGUCUCGGACAUAUGGAAAAGGUCGGUACCUAUCCACGUGAUUUAGAAAAAAAUGGUUUCUUUUUGCCUCAUCAUGGUGUGUUAAGAGAGAGUAGUUCUACUACUAAAUUGAGGGUAGUUUUUGAUGGUAGCUGUAAAAGGUCUGCUCAAUCUUCCUUGAAUGAGGAACUAGCACCUGGUCCUGCAUUGCAAAAUGAUUUGCCCACAAUUAUAAAUCGGUGGAGACGUUUUAAAAUUGGGUUUCGGGCAGAUUUGGAGAAGAUGUUCCGACAAAUACUUGUGGUACAGGAACAACGAAAGUUUCAACAAAUUUUGUGGAGAAAUAGUGGCUCUGAACAGAUAUCAAUUUAUAAGCUCUCAACGGUUACUUAUGGUACUACACCCGCUCCUUUUCUUUCGAUUAGGGUUUUACAACAACUAGCGUUGGACGAAAAGGAAAAAUAUCCGAUGGCAUGUAAUGUGCUCAAUUCAGAUACUUAUGUCGAUGACGUAAUUUCUGGAGCUGAUAGUCUAUCUGAAGCUUACCAUUUGCAUACUCAAUUAUGUAGUUUACUUAAUGAAGGCAAGUUUAAUUUACGUAAAUGGACAACAAACUCGAAGGAAUUGCUAGAAUUGAUUCCUGUAGACUACAGAGAAAAAUCUGAUAUAUUUGAACUAAAUCAACCUAAUACCGUAAAGGCUCUUGGACUCGAGUGGAACACGAUAGACGACUGCUUUUCAUUUAAGAUCAAUAUUGAAGAUACAUCAGUAGUUACCAAAAGAAGUUUACUCUCAGACUCAGCAAAACUUUAUGACCCUUUAGGCUGGCUUUCCCCUACUACAAUUCUUGCUAAAAUUGAAUUUCAAAAUUUGUGGUUGCUUGGCAUUGAAUGGAAUGAUCGCUUACCUGACGCUAUGCAAAAAAGAUGGUUAACAUACCGCGAAAAUCUAAAGUUUCUUGAAAGAAUUAAAAUUCCUCGUUGGAUCGGAACGUUUAAAUGUGGUUCAAUUGAAAUUCAUGGUUUUUCCGAUUCAUCUAAGUUGGCUUACGCGGCUGCUGUCUACGCUAAGACUAUUUCAGAUUUGGGUACAAAAGUGUAUUUAAUACAAGCGAAAACUAAAGUAGGUCCUAUAAAGCGGUUAACUAUACCUCGAAUGGAAUUAUGUGCUGCUACUUUAUUGGCUAAAUUAGUUGACAGAAUAACUUCUUCACUUGAUCAAGAUAUUUCAAAUGUUUAUUAUUGGACUGAUAGUACAACUGUACUUUCGUGGAUACGUGGUCAGUCAUCUAAGUGGCCCGUAUAUGUUGGAAACAGAGUGGCAGAAAUCCAACGCAGAUGUCAUGCUUCUCAAUGGCGAUACAUAUCUACACGUGAAAAUCCUGCUGACUGCGCUUCCCGUGGUAUAUCUUCGAAUGAAUUGGUUGAACAUGAACUAUGGUGGCAUGGCCCUAAAUGGCUAUCGGAACCUGCAGAAAAUUGGCCAAAACAACCGAAACUAAAUCUAAAUGAAAUGGAUGAAAUUUCUACUGAACCAACUUUAAAUAUGCACUCGGUUGUAGCUGAAAUAAAACAAUAUCCAGAAAUAUUAACAAGAUUUUCUUCACUUUGCAAAUUGAUACGUGUUACUGCAUACAUAUUUCGUUUUAAACACAAUACUCAAAACUAUAAACAUUCACAAAUAAAAGGUAACGGUAAGAUGACAGGGUUUCUUUCAACCGAAGAACUAAAAUUUGCUCGUUUAAGGCUUGUUAAACUUUCACAAGAGGUGGAUUUUUUGCAAGAGAUUUCUGAACUUCAAAAGAGAGGUCAAAUUAUAAAAAAUAGCGCUUUAGCUCAACUUUGCCCAUUUUUUGACUCCUCUCAAAUACUUAGAGUUGGCGGUAGAAUUCAAAAUUCUGACCUUGAUUAUUGUUCUAAACACCCAAUUUUACUUAAAAAGCAAAAUCCUUUGACUAAUUUAUUAUUUCUAGAUGCACACAUAAAAACUUUACAUGGCGGUUUGAUCCAAAUGCAAGCUUACGUCCUACGGGAAUAUUGGAUAAUAUCAAGUAGAAGUAUUGCUAAACGUGUCUUGCGAAAAUGUAUAACGUGUUUCAAAUAUAACGCAAAGGCAGCCCAGCAGAUGAUGGGAAAUCUCCCUAGUGUUCGUCUUAAACCUGCUCGUCCGUUUAAGCACAGUGGAGUUGACUAUGCCGGUCCAAUUGCUAUAAAACAAUCCACUGCAAGAAACUCAGUAACUACAAAGGGCUACAUUUGUUUGUUUAUAUGUAUGACUACGAAAGCUUUACACUUGGAAGCAGUAACAAACCUGUCAACCGAUGCUUUUUUGGCCGCUUUCAGGCGUUUCGUGUCCCGCCGUGGCCCUUGUACCGACUUGUACUCAGACUGUGGUACGAACUUUGUUGGAGCUAAUAAGGAGCUACAAAUUCUUUAUAAUCGCAGCAAAUCAUCGAUUUCAUAUGAGAUAAGCGACUGCCUGGCCGCAAAUGGUACGAAAUGGCAUUUUAUACCUCCAGCCUCUCCAAACUUUGGUGGUCUUUGGGAGGCUGGCGUGAAGUCUACAAAACACCACUUAAAGAGAGUGAUGCAGAACCGUAUUUUGACAUUUGAGGAGCUUACAACGCUUUUAGCCCAGAUUGAGAGCUGUUUGAAUUCCAGACCCUUGUGCCCUCUAAAUUCCGAACCAUCUGACUGCAAUGCGCUCACCCCAGCUCAUUUCUUGAUUGGGGAACCUACUCUAUGUGUUCCGGAAGAAGAUUUACUGGAUGUCAACAUUGAUCGACUAAAUAGAUGGAAAACCGUCGAAAAGCUGAAGCAACAUUUUUGGCGACGUUGGUGUAACGAAUGGCUGUGUCGACUUCAAGCUAGGCCCAAAUGGCUCAAAAUAACUGAAAACCCUAAAAUUGGUGAUUUAGUGGUCGUAUUCGAUGAACGAGGUGCCCCUGGAGAAUGGCCGCUUGCCCGAAUCCAAGAUAUUCAUCCCGGCAAAGAUGGUUGUGGAGUAAUGACCCCAGUACCGGCGGCUUUGGGUAGUGCGCGAGCAGGCUACCAGUCGUCGAAAUCCAGCGCCUGCAAUGUUACCCCGGUAAGCUUGGCUAAGGUAACAGAUAAUGCUACAAGCAACAAUCACCAGAAGGAGUGCAAUAAAGGGGGAGAAAAUAGCGACCAACCUAUUGGUGGACAGGAACACUAUUUUACUCCAGUAAGCAGUUUUUCUCGUAGUGGUACUACAAAUCAAGGUGGGAAAAAUCAAAUAAACCCUUUCCAAAGAAGUGCGGCUACAAAAAGAACUCCACCGCAAACUACUAGCAGCAAAGAAAACACGACUCAAGAAGAGGCAAUUAGUGAUAAUGCGCAGCCUUCAGAGUCAUUCUGCCUUUUAGGGAACUUAAUUGUUGAUUUGAUGGACUUUGUAAAACCCAAAAACAACGUACACAAUGCCAUUAAAGAUCAAUUGACCGCAAUCCGAGCUAUGUAUAAUAAAACAAGAGAAGAACUACGUAAUGGUAUAAAUAUGACAUACCGACAAGAAGUAGAACAGUCCACGCAGACAUCACCACGACAAGAAGUGGAACAGUCCAUGCAGACAUCACCGAUAGCAUGGCCGUCCAAAAGGGAAUCGAAAAGAAAUUUAGAAGACAAAACAGCUCCAAAAAUGCCGACGCCGAAAAGACUGAAGCAAAGCCUUCCACAAAAUAGGACAACACUAACUCCACUAGAAGAACUCCCUAGUAGAAAGCCAGAGUCGGAUAACCUAGAAGCCGGAUGGGCUAUAGUUAAGAAGAAAAAGAAUACGAGAUCCCGCAAGCCUCGGCCAGAUACUAUGAUAAUAUCUGCCAAAAACGAUAUCUCUUACGCUGAUAUUUUAAAGAAAAUUAGGGCAGACCCUGAACUAAAAGAACUAGGUGAUGAG